CACCUGGCAAUCCCGACCCGAAUUUCUACUAGCGGAAGAAGAAAAAAAGAAAAACAAUUUCCAUCCGCCGAUCCCCUCCGAUCUCGAAUUCUCGACCUCCCUUCCUCCUUCGCCGCCGCCGCCGCCGCUCGUCGCCGGCCACCUCCACCGCCGCCAUGAACUACAUCGUCGGAGCGUUCAAGCCGCCCUGCGACAUCUCCAUCGCCUUCUCCGACGCCAGGUCGCGGAAGCAGAUCGCGGUCAAGAAUGACAAUGGGAGGACGGUGAUGGUGCCGGUCUUCCAGAGCCUGGAGACCAUAUCCGGGGAGGUGUCGGUAGUGCCGGUUCCGGGCAAGAGGAUCGAGCACUUGGGUGUCAAGAUUGAGUUACUGGGUCAGAUAGAGCUUUAUUUGGAGCGAGGCAAAUUCUAUGACUUCACUUCAUUGGUGCGUGAGCUAGAUAUUCCUGGUGAAAUUUACGAGAAGAAAACAUAUCCAUUCGAGUUUUCCACUGUUGAAAUGCCUUAUGAAUCUUACAAUGGAACAAAUGUCAGAUUAAGAUAUAUUUUGAAGGUUACGAUCAGCCGAAACAUUAUGGGCAUGGGCAGCAUUGUGGAGUUCCGUGAGUUCUGUGUAAGAAAUUACUCUCCUGCCCCCACAAUCAACAACAGUAUCAAGAUGGAAGUUGGAAUUGAGGAUUGCUUACAUAUUGAGUUCGAAUACAGCAAAAGCAAGUACCAUCUCAAGGAUGUGAUUAUUGGGAAGAUCUACUUUCUUCUUGUCAGAAUAAAGAUAAAAAACAUGGAACUAGAAGUACGUCGUAGGGAAUCAACAGGAGCAGGCUCUAGUGCAUAUGUUGAGACUGAAACUCUUGCAAAGUUUGAGUUGAUGGAUGGUGCUCCUGUCAGAGGAGAAUCCAUCCCGGUGAGGCUAUUCUUGACGCCUUACGAGCUGACCCCUUCGUAUCGGAACAUAAACAACAAGUUCAGCGUCAAGUACUACCUGAAUCUGGUCCUUGUUGAUGAGGAAGAUAGGAGGUACUUCAAGCAGCAAGAGAUCACCAUGUAUCGCCUUCUAGAAACCCCCCAGGCUUCCUAGAUUCCAAACUGGAGCAGCAAGAUGUUUUUCGAUUCUCAGGUUUUGUACAAGCUAGCAUCGAGGUUAGGGCAAUGGCGUACUUACAUGUAUAUAAACUCCAGAAGAGCUCGGCAGUUCACUAGUGCUGCUCUCCAAAUCACAUUUCUUUGUUUCUGUAUCUUCUUGUCCUCUGUGUGCUUAUGGUAGACCCUUUGAUUCAUGUGGAGUAUAUGUGCAUUACCUCCCCCUGUUUAUUUCUGUUUCUUGAAAGUAAUCUGUCCGAAGACCUUAUGUGUAUUAUCUCACAAGGAUCUUUGUUAAUUCACUUGAUUGAAGUUUUGCAGUGA